AUGGGCCUAUACAGAAUCACCGGUCAUGGGGAUUACGUCGAACACAACCGCGUAUCAUAUGAAUUCGACUUCAAAGGGCCCAGGCAGGCAACUUCUUCCGCGCCAGAUGCCAACAUACUGAUGGAUACUCAAGGAGUUGUGUCGCCAACAAGAACUUCUAAAUCAAUCGAUGCCAAUGCGGAUGGGUCUGCACGGGGUGAGGCUAUCAAUGCAAUUUUCAUCAAGAAACUAAGCGACGCUGUCAUCUGUGGUUCCGCGACCAACAGCGAUGGGAAAACACCAGUAAUAUCCUUUCCAAAUACUGAAGCUCAUAAAGCCGUCAUUCGGAGGGCCUAUCAAGAAGCGGGUAUCGAUGACUUCUCUCGCACUGCAAUGGUGGAAUGUCACGGGACUGGCACUCCUGUGGGCAACCGUCUCGAGGCUGGUGCUGUUGCCCGAGUGUUUGGGAACGAUGAGUGA